CUUCCUGUUUCUCUGGCUCUACUUCAGGACCCUCCCCCCCGCUGGAUGCGACUGCUUCUCUUCUUCUCUUCUUCUCUUCUUCUCUUCUAAAUGUUUACACCGCGUGGAGCUUUUGAGAUCCUUAAAAAACAAACGCGUUUUCUUUCUUGUUGUUGUUGUUGCUCCAUCUCAUCGCGCCCAUGGAAGUUGGUUUCUAACAAUCAGAUCUUAUAACUCGGGAGUUCUUGGCCGUCAAGGACCAUGCCGACUCUGCAGAGCGCCGCCGCUCUGCUGCUUCUGAGCUCCCUGAUUGGUCUCAGCUCCCCGCUGAACCCCAGAGACCCGAACGUGUGCAGCGUGUGGGAGAGCUUCACCACCUCAGUGAAGGAGUCGUACUCGCAUCCUUACGACCACGUGACGGAGGAACCCUGCUCCGACCCUCGGACCUCCUACAGAUGCACGCGCCAUAGGAUCACCUACAAGACGGCCUACAGGCAGGCGGUGAAGACGGACCACCGCAAGAGAUACCAGUGCUGCCCGGGCUAUUACGAGAGCCGCGACAAAUGUGUCCCUCGCUGCACCAAGGAGUGUGUUCACGGCCGAUGUGUCGCUCCGGACCGCUGCCAGUGCGAGGGAGGCUGGCGAGGAGACGACUGCUCCAGCUCCUGCCAUGACACCCACUGGGGGCCGGGCUGCAGCCAGCGGUGCACGUGUGAGAACGGCGCUCUGUGCGACCCCGCCAAGGGGGCGUGCCAGUGUCCCCCGGGGUUCAUCGGGCGCCACUGUGAGGGGGCGUGUCCAGCUGGACACUUCGGGACGCGCUGCAUGCAGAUGUGCAAGUGUGGCACCGGAGGGUCAUGUGACAAGGAGACCGGAGAGUGUUUGUGUCGGGACGGAUUCACCGGGACCUUCUGUGAGAAGGCGUGUCCCAGGAAGUGCCAGGCCCGGUGCCCGUGCCAGAAUGGAGGCAUCUGUAAAGGCAAAGGGAUCUGCGACUGCCCGCCCGGGUGGACGGGCGCCGUGUGCACCGAGCGCUGCUCCGAGGGACGCUUCGGCCAGAACUGUGCCGACGAGUGCGUCUGCCACAACCGAGGGAGGUGUGACCCCGAGAGCGGCCAGUGCCACUGCGCGAAGGGCUUCACCGGCAACAGGUGUAACGAGGAGUGCGCGGCGGGCACGUUCGGCCAGGACUGGCAGGCGUGCGACUGCGCUAACGGCGCGCGAUGCUACAACAUCGACGGCGCCUGCCUGUGCGAGCCGGGCUUCAGCGGGCCGCACUGCCGGGACCGGAUGUGUGCGCCCGGGAAGUACGGCAUGCACUGCGAACGCAGGUGCCUCUGCCAGGACAAGCAGACCCUCAGCUGCCACCCAAUGAAAGGAGAGUGCACGUGCCAGCCCGGGUGGGCGGGGCUGUUCUGUAACGAGACCUGCGCUCACGGCUUCUACGGCCACGGCUGCCUGGAGCCGUGCCUGUGUGUGAACGGAGGCGUGUGCAACAGCGCCACGGGGCGAUGCCGCUGCGCCCCCGGCUACACGGGGCUUCACUGUGAGAGUCUCUGUAAAAGUGGCGCCUACGGAAAGAACUGCUCCCUGGGGUGCUCCUGCAAGAACGCCGUCGACUGCUCGCCGAUCGACGGCACGUGUUUCUGCAAAGAGGGCUGGCGUGGGCCGGACUGCUCCGCCCCCUGCUCCCAGGGCGCCUGGGGCCCGGGCUGCAACGCCACCUGCCGCUGCGCCAACGAGGCCAAAUGUGAUCCUGCAGAUGGAUCCUGCGCCUGCACCGCCGGCUGGCAGGGGGCGCUGUGCGACCAGCCGUGCCCGACGGGCUCGUUUGGGCCGGGCUGCCUGAAGAGGUGCGACUGCGUCCACGCCGACGGCUGCCAGGCGACUGCCGGGGAGUGCCGCUGUCUGCCGGGCUGGUGGGGCCCCCGCUGCAGCGCGCCGUGCUCAGACGGCCACUGGGGGCGCCACUGUAACCACAGCUGCUCCACGCAUUGCCCCAACAGCGACACGUGCCUGAAGGAAACCGGAGCGUGCGUGUGCCUCGCGGGCUUCUGGGGGGCCGCCUGCCAGAACAAAUGCAGUGCGGGUACGUACGGGGACCGGUGCGGCCUGUCGUGCCCGUCCUGCAGCCAGUCGUACCACUGCCACCACGUGACGGGGGAGUGCGACUGCCUCCCUGGACAGACCGGACCCAACUGUGAUCAAGUGUGUCCACUAGGCCACUUCGGCAAGCGAUGCACUCAGGUGUGCGUCCACUGUGCCAACAACGCCACCUGCGACCACCGGGACGGCCACUGCGAGUGUGCGGCCGGCUGGACGGCGACCGACUGCUCCAUCCCCUGUAGUCCGGGGCAUUUUGGUCCGUUCUGCACUCAGACCUGCUCCUGCCCACUGAACCUCCUCUGUGACCGGCACACUGGAGACUGUGUGUGUGGGGGGGAGGAAGACUACUGCACACAAGACUUGUCGGUGAAGUCGGGCAGCGUCAUGGUGCCGCUUCCUCCCGGCGAGCGCGAGUCGUGGGGCGCCAUCGGCGGCAUCGUGGUGCUCGUGAUGCUGGUGGUCCUCCUGCUGGCGCUGCUGCUGCUGUACCGCCGCCGGCAGAAGGACAAGCAGAGCAACACGCCGACCGUGUCCUUCUCCACCAGCCGCACGGUCAACUCCGAGUACGCCGUGCCAGAUGUUCCUCACAGCUACCACCACUACUACUCCAACCCCAGCUACCACACCCUGAGCCAGAACAGGCCGCCGCUGCCCCACCUGCCCAACAACCACGACCGCACCAUCAAGAACACCAACAACCAGCUGUUCUGCAGCGUGAAGAACAUGGAGAGGGAGAGGCGGGGCCUGUUCGGGGUCGAGAGCAACGCCACGCUACCUGCAGACUGGAAGCACCACGAGCCUCGCAAAGACUCAGGAGCUUUUGGAAUCGACCGGAGCUACAGCGCCAGUCUGGGAAAAUAUUACAACAAAGAGCUGAAGGGCGCGGCGAUGGCGGCGAUGGCGGCGGCGGCGGCGGCGAGCAGCAGCUCCCUGAACAGCGAGAAUCCGUACGCGACCAUCAAAGACGUGCCGGGUUUCCCCUUCGGCCUCCAGGAGUGCAGCUACAUGGAGAUGAAGUGCGCCGCGUCGCCCAGAGAGCGAGCCUACACCGAGAUCAGCCCGCCGCCAUUCAACAUGGCCGCCUUGCGCAGAGAGCGUCAGAGCUCCCUCGGCCACGCUCCGUACGAGGACCCCCAGAGCCACUACGACCUCCCCGUGAACAGCCACAUCCCGGGGCACUACGACCUGCCGCCCGUCCGCCGCCCCCCCUCCCCCAGGAGAGCCCCCCAGUGACGUCACAGCCCCCAACCUCCUCCUCCUCCGUCGUCCAUACUUUGGGGAUGACGUCAGGCCCGUGCAGUCCUUUCAGGCUCUUGUCUGACCGUCCACUGAGGAGCUACGCAACACUGCCCCCGUGUGGGCGAAAGUGGUACUUGCUUCACCGCGACAGACUUGCCAUCCAGACUGGGGAGCCAGCGGGGGGGGCCCGCUGCAUUCAAGUCCCGUGGGAAAAAUAAGACGCCAGAAGACUACACGCUUAAAAGCAGCACCUCAGGAGCUGAACAUGCUGCAAAUGAAGUUUGCCAAACAUUUUGCCUACAACUGAUCAGCUGGUGUGUGUGUGUUCAAAGGGCUCAUUUUGUCAAUUUCUUUUUAUGUAGGGUAUUUUACAUUUAAAAAUUGUUUAAUUUUUUUUUAUCAGGCAGCUUCAGAAUAAUUUUUUAAGUUUGAAAACAAACUUUUUCAACUUAAAAAAAAAAAGGAACUAGAUACAAAAGUUUUGUUUGUUUUCUACAGCAAAAAUCCUGCCAGUCUUUAUUUACUCUGAGACAUUAUGAACAAAAGAAGUUAUAUUUUUCUGAUAUUCAGUCUUGAGUGAUGUUUAGUUCUUGGAGAAACCACAGUGACCAACGAUGAACAUCUUUAAUAGUCCAUGUGGCCCACUGCCAUAUGAACACUUUGUAAAUAUAGAAAUGAAUAUAUUAUCUUUAGUUAUGUUUAACAGCCUUAUUUCACAGAUGUUUAAGGGGUUUGUGACCAACAACACCAAUAGAUAUUCACUAAGUUGUGAAUAUUAAACCAUCAAAUGUACCAAAGCAGCGUUAUGAUUGUCAGUGUAUAAAUACGUCCGUUUGGCAUUUAAAGGGCCGGUUCACCCCAAAUAAAAAAUUAAAGGGACAUUUAACUUCCUCGACUUAAAUCAUUUUACAUUGUUUUGGGUUCACCAAAGUCAUGUUUGACAUUUUCUAAAUGUAUUUUGUUUUUACAUUUUUUAAAUUGUUCAGUCAAGUAGAUAAUCGAAACCCCCGUGUACCGGUAACUAUGUACAUUGUGCUUUUAAUGCUACAGCUUUGGCUAGUUGGCUUUCAUGUAUGAACAUGUAUUUGUGAAUGUAAUCAUGGGGAACGUGUGUGUGUGUGUAUGUGUGUGUGUAUAAUGUAAAUAAAAAUGGCUGCACUUUU